AUGAUGCCAUCAUCCGCUUCUUCAACCCCUAAAAUAUGGGUACAUGAUGUGUUUCUCAGUUUUAGGGGUGAGGACACCCGAAAUAGUUUUACGGACCAUUUAUACCAUGCUUUGAACCAGAGAGGAAUUGAUACCUUUAGGGAUGAUGAAAAACUGAAAAGAGGAACAUUCAUCGGCCCAGAACUUUCGAAAGCAAUUGAGGAAUCGAGGUUUGCAGUCGUCAUUCUUUCAAAAGAGUAUGCUUCUUCAACGUGGUGUAUGGAUGAACUUGCACAUAUUGUAGAAUGCAUGAAAAAGAGGGAACUCCAAGUUUUUCCGGUUUUCUACCACGUCAAACCAUCCGAGGUGAGAAAUCAAACUGGAAGCUUUAGCCAGGCCUUUGCCAAACAUGAAGAAAAGACCGUACUUGGGGAGGUGGGCAAGUGGAGGAAAGCUUUAACGGAAAUAGCCAUUAUCAGCGGAUGGGAUUUGGAUAAAGCCAGGGGUGAAUCAGAAGUUAUUCAAGAAAUAGCUAACAAGAUUUCAAAUAUCUUGACCUCCAUGACGCCAAGUGAUAGCGACGACCGUUUAAUUGGAAUGGAUUCUCGUAUAGAGAAAAUGGAGGCGUUCUUGGAUUUGAAGAAGCAUGAUGAUGUUCGCACCAUAGGGAUUUGGGGGAUGGGGGGCAUUGGCAAGACAACUCUGGCGCAACUAGUGUUUAAUAAUAUCUGCAACCAGUUUCAAGCUAGCUGCUUUCUUGGCAAUGUCAAAGACAAAUCUAAAAACUAUGAUCUAGUAGUUUCCUUGCAGAAAGUUCUUUUCAAAAAACUGCUCUAUAGCGGGGAUGACAUACAUAACGUCCAUAUGGGAAUGAAUUCAUUGAGCAGACGAUUGCCUUCUAAAAAGGUGCUUAUCGUUUUGGAUGAUGUUGAUCAUCAAAAACAAAUAGAAGAUUUAGUUGGAAUGGAUUGGUUGGGUCCAGGGAGCAGAAUCAUUAUAACAACUAGAAAUGAGCACUUGUUGAAGGCAUAUGGAGUGCACCACAUAUAUGAGGUUGAGAAACUGAAUGAUGAAGAAGCCUUUCAGCUCUUCUGUAAGAAAGCCUUCAAGAAAGGCCACAAGAUGGCUGAUGACUACACAAAUCUGUCCAAGGGUGUUGUCAAAUAUGCCAGUGGCCUCCCUUUAGCUCUUGAAGUUCUGGGUUACGCCUUGUCUGGAAGAGAGCUAGGUGAAUGGGAGAGUGAAUUAGCUAAACUGAAGGAACAUCCUGAUGACAACAUUAUUAACGUGCUUCGAAUAAGUUAUGAUGGAUUAGACAAAACCGAGAAGCAAAUCUUUUUGGACAUUGCAUGUUUCUUCAAAGGAGAGGAUCACGAUCAUGUAUUUAAUAUUUUGGACGCUUGUGACUUUUAUCCAGAAAGCGGUAUCAGGGUCCUCAAGGAAAAAUGUCUAGUUAAAGUUAUUGAAGGAAACAGAUUGUGGAUGCAUGAUUUAGUACAGCAAAUGGGUUGGAGCGUUGUUCUCAGAGAUUCGCUUGACCCAGGCAAAAAAUAA